CGGCGGCGGAGGCUGACCUCGCGGCUCGGGUGAGCGCGGCCCGCGCCGGCGUGGAUGGACGGACCGGGACGGACAGACCCCCAGGGGGUUCGGGCAGAGGGACGCGGGGGACGAGACUCGGGGACUCUUGUCAGCAGCUCAAUGGCCUCCCCGAAGAAGAAACUUCAAGGUCUUGUUGCUGCAACCAUCACGCCGAUGACCGAGCAUGGAGAAAUCAACUUUUCAGUAAUUGGUCAGUAUGUGGAUUAUCUUGUGAAAGAACAGGGAGUGAAGAAUAUUUUUGUGAACGGCACAACGGGAGAAGGCCUGUCCCUGAGCAUCUCAGAGCGCCGCCGGGUCGCAGAGGAGUGGGUGACAAAAGGGAGGAACAAGUUGGAUCAGGUAGUAAUUCACGUAGGAGCGCUGAGCUUGAAGGAGUCACAAGAACUGGCCCAACAUGCAGCAGAAAUAGGAGCUGAUGGCAUCGCUGUCAUUGCACCUUUCUUUCUCAAGCCAUGGAACAAAGAUGUCCUGAUUAAUUUCCUAAAGGAGGUGGCUGCUGCUGCCCCUGCAUUGCCAUUUUAUUACUAUCACAUCCCUGCCUUGACAGGGGUAAAAAUUCGUGCCGAGGAGGUGUUAGAUGGGAUUCAGGAGAAGAUCCCCACCUUCCAAGGGCUGAAAUUCAGUGACACAGAUCUCUUAGACUUCGGGCAGUGUGUUGAUCAAAAUCGCCAACGACAGUUUGCUUUCCUUUUUGGGGUGGAUGAGCAACUGUUGAGUGCUCUGGUGAUGGGAGCUACUGGAGCAGUGGGCAGGAUGUGCUGUUUUCUUUCUAGCACCUAUAAUUACCUGGGAAAAAAGACAAACCAGAUGUUGGAGGCUUUUGAACGAAAGGACUUCUCUUCAGCCCUGAACCAUCAGUUUUGUAUUCAGAGAUUCAUCAACUUUGUGGUCAAACUAGGUUUUGGAGUGUCACAGACCAAAGCCAUCAUGACUCUGGUCUCCGGGAUUCCGAUGGGCCCACCCCGGCUUCCACUGCAGAAGGCCUCGAGGGAGUUUACGGAUAAUGCUGAAGCUAAACUGAGGAGCCUGGAUUUCCUUUCUUUCAACGACUUAAAGGAUGGAAACUUGGAAGCCUGUAGUUAGUGCCUCUCUAUUAAAUCAGAGUGUGUACGUUGAGAUAUAAUCCACCUUGAAUAAUCCAUUUGUUUCUCAAGAACUUUUUAGAAGAACUUAAACUAAACUCUUUCCUAGCAAGUGAAAUCUCACAUCAACAAGUAUUUAAGUACCUACUAUGAUCAUUAAAGAGUUUUAUUUUGUGAAGAGGCAAAAAAAGGAGUGAUGAGCUGUAAGUCAUUCAAUAUUUCACAAAAUAUUUGUGGAGAAAUUUCUGCUUAUAUGGAUGAGAUGGAAUCAAGAGGAAAAUUUUAAUUGGUUAAUUCCAGCUGUCUUUAGGAGGUCUCAUUAUCUUGAUUUCUGACUCUUAAUCCCAUUUUAAGCUUUUCUAAUUUCAAACCACUGUAACAUACUUUCAUUUUAAUAAAUAUUCACUUGGAAUCUAGGGCUAUUGCUUUUAGGCACGCCCGCUAACUUUAAUGCCAAAUUACAACAUGCCUCAACUACACACAACUGUUAACACACCAGCUACCUUGGCUGCUCAGUCUAACUCAAGAACAUCUGCUUUCAGAUUAAUUGCAACAUCACAAUUUUCCCCCCAAAACACUGGGUAAGGUAAAAACUUGCUUCAGUUCUUAUAACCAAAGGUCCGGUUAGGGUGGUUUUCACAUAACAAAGGAAAGGUCUUCCCCAAAGAAGAAUUCAAGUCUCUGCUUGUCGCUAUACAGAAAACUCAAAGUUUCAAACAAAGAGCUCUGCUCUGGGCACCACGAACUUCCCCUCUCCUCACUGAGAAGAAAGUCUCUCCCCCGUAGCACCCUGAACUAUUGGAGGCGAAGGCCUUUUUGUUUUUCUUGCUUGAGAAAGACUGUCCCUGAGCUAACAUCUGUGCCAAUCUUCCGCUGUUGUGUAUAUGGGAUGCUGCCACAGCAUGGCUUGAUGAACGGUGUGGAGGUCCACUCUGGGGUUCCGAACCCAUGAACCCCAGGCCGCCAAUGUGGAAUGCUCGAACUUAACCAUUAUGCCACCAGACUGGCCCCUGUCCACGCCUUCUUUACUCUUUUCUUUCUCCGUAAUAUAUCUCUGGCUGUUCAGUCUCCUUUCUAACAAACCCUGGUGUGUGCUUUCUACUAAGACAGUAUAUUGACAGUUAACCCCUGGUGAUGUUAAACUUGAUUAUCCAGUCUGUUAAUUACCUGAGAUUUGGUUUUUGUUUCUUCUCUAAUUAGUCUGCUCAUUGGCAGAGGAAAAGUAUUUGCAAUUCAUAUCAGUUUACUCUUUAAUUCUUAAAAUUAAAAAGAGAACUUUUUCAAAAUGAGAAUUAUAAAUUAUCAGUGGACUCAGUUAUCUUUUCUAACCCUCUCUUCAAUUGGUCAGCGGUUAAGAAGAGUUACAUUUGUAUCUCCUCAUUUUUUUUUCUAGUUAUUUUAUUGAGGUCGUGUUGGCUUUCAACAUUGUGUAAAUUUCAGGUGUAUGUUGUUAUAUUUCAGUUUCUGUAUAGAUUGCACCGUGUUCACCACCAACAGUCCAGUUUUUAUCUGUCACCAUACAUAUGUGUCCCUUUACCCCCUUGGCCCUCUCCCCACCCACUUUCCUCCAGUAACCACUAAUCUGUUCUCCUUAUCUGUGUUUGUUUAACUUCCACACAUGAGUCCUCACUCCUCUUUUCGCCCAGGAAUGACAUAUACUGUUUUCUCGUAUUUCUUUCUCUUUCAAGAGUAAGGUAUCUGAAUUAAAAAUUGAUCCACAAUGGGUUAUGUGAGCUUAUAUUCUAUCACAUUGAAACUUUUAUUUCUUUAUAGCUGUUAACUUCUUGAAAGAAGAAAAGUGAGGUUUUUGUUACAAUGUUUGGUUCUGGAUGUGAUAUCCUUACUUAAUGAUAUUAAAGCCAAAUUAAUAUUUCAAUGAAGAUAAAUCUUGGGCAUCCAAGCAAAGAACUCUGUUUUUCUGUUUUUGCUCUGUGAAGUCGAAGCUUAGAGGACUUUUAAGAUGGUUAAUGAAAUCUUCUGAACACAGAGUAAUAUCAUGAUUGAAAAUGAUAGCUCUAUCUAUUUUAACAUGCAAUUCCUUAGAAAUGAAUGAUUAUAUAUAGCAGUAGGUUACUAAUUCAUCACAAGUAAAAUUUUGGAAUAUUAUGAACUUACUAUUAUCUUUGAAUUAGUUUUUAAUGUUAAAACUAAAGUAAUGAUGUGAAAUAUUUCAUUCAACACAAUACUAAAAGCUGAUUUUUAACCUCUGUUUCAAGAUGGAAAUCUGAAAUCGUUUCAUUGGGGAUGGUUGGAAGGACAAAGUGGUUUCAGGGCUGGUUUUACUUAGGAUCUCUCUUGGGUUUAUUCAAAGUUGUAGGAAGAUAACCAGAGUGUGUGGGGUUGGUGGGUAAUGUGCAUUGUUCCUCAGAAAGGCCGUUUGCUACAACUUGAGGGAAAUUUCCUCUUUAUGAUCACCUGAAGGGCACAGAACAUCUCUGCUCUCAGGAAUCUGAAGUCUAAGAGGAGGCGAGGCUGGGCUGGGGGACUUUCUAGAGUGACUCUGUAACCCAAGGCCAUGUACACCCCUGGGCUCACCUAGGCUUUUCAUAUGAGGAGAAAUGGAAUGGGACAUACAAGCCCAUCAAAUCAAGAAGAGCAAACAAUGUAUCUAACUCAUUUAACCAUCCCUCUUAUCGCGUGCUCACUCAGCCCCCAAUUUCCUUCAAUGAAACUAAGGAAACUUGGAACCAAAAUUAUGCAAACAGCAGAGCUAAGCCCUAGGUAGAGGUGGGACAUCACCUUGCACUUGGGUUUCUGGAGCUGAGAAAUGGCUACCUGGUGGACAAAAUAACUGACCUAAAUCAUGUUUUUCUUUGUCAACCCCUUUGGUGACUCUUAGGAAAUCAUUUGAUACACAGGAGACGUCUUUUGCAGUUUAAAUUAGACAACCAAAAGAAAAAGCUUACAGGAAUUUCUUAAAUUUUAUCACACAGUUAGUAAAUGUAAUGGAAUGGGUUCCAUAAAAUGCAUACAGAACUCGUAUCCAGCAAGACUUGUUACCUACACGAGUACACCGGUUACAGGGAGUGUUCAAGUUCUGUGCCAGGUGGAUCACCUGAGGAGACUAGACAUCAAGUCUUCACCCCUGAUACAUCUUCUAUACAGCAGCUGGGAUUCCUUUUAUAAAUGCCAGGGUCCCAGGUUUGAGCCAUAUGUUGGGUGAGGCCAUGUAGGCACAGAAGUGUUUGCAAAUGCCAACCUUUGGUGUGAGGAACAGCCCUCCUCCCACCCAUUAGCCAGCAACCUAAUAGAGUUAUCUUUGAGGUCCUAGAAGUGGGCUCCCCCUAGCAGGCAAGCACAUCAGCAUCUCAGAGUGCUCUAUAGUCCAAGUCCAGUUUGCCCCAUUUAUAGGUCACCCUGCAGCAGGUAGAAGGAGGUGGUACAAUUACCACGUAGACCGUUCCUGGGAAUCCUUGGACUUGGGUGAAACAAAGUGAUCCGCCUCAGGACUUCAUCGAAUAGGCACAUCUAAAGCAUCUCGUACUGAGGGCUGCAAAUAAUAUUCACAAGCCUAGAUUGUCUUCAGGUUGCAAUCGCUACCUGGACUCCCCAGAACACUGAUCCAACUAGCGUUGUCCUUUUCCUAAGGAAACAGCCUCAAUCAGCUUUGAUGUCCCAAUUUGAACAGCCCUCCAGAAUCAUUUUACUGAGUAUCCUUCACCUUUUGCUCUUGUGCUCGUCUAUAUAGAACUGCACCUGUCUGUAGGUCUUCCGUCAGGAUCACUCAGUAUGGCCAGAGGAAAGUGACGGAGGAUGGGGGUGCAGGAGAAGAGAGACCAACUUCCAUGAGGUGGUGAGGGAGGGUGCUCUGAUUCCAUCAGACUUAAUCUGAGAUUAGGAGGCUGGGAAGGAGCCAGGCAGGUAAAGAGUGGCAGAGGAUGCAUUCCAAGUAGGAGCCACAGAUUUGACAAUUCCAAGCCACAGAAGAGUCUGAAGUGUGAAGAACUGAACAAAAGUCGGUGGACUAGAGUUCAGACACCAAGAAAAGAAUAGGAAGGAAACAGUUUAAAAGGUUUGGAAGGAGACAGGUCCUAUAAGCCCUUAUAAGUCAUAGGAGCAUUAAACUAAAAGUGUUUUUAAACUAAAGGUGUUUUUCUGACUAUAACUUUAUUUUUAAUGUAAAAUAACUAUAAGCCCCACAAAAGAUUGAAAAAUUGGUAAAGGAAACAGUGCAGAAGGAAGAAAAGAAAGUUUACAAUACGCCUUUAUUAUAUUAUAGUUUAUGUACAAACUAUAUUGUUACAAAUUGUUGUUUAUAAAGUUUUGUGGAAAAAUUGA